AUGGCGUCAAUAUUGGACGACAAGGAAUUAUGUAUCGUCUGUUGCAAGAAAGUUACUAACAAAGGUGUAGAAUGCGAUAGCACUUGCAAACGUUGGUUCCACCCUGAUUGUGUCCAGUUGUCAGCUGCCGAGUACAAGAAAAUUGCCGAUGGUGUCAUCAAGACCUGGACUUGUGACAGAGCAGACUGUACUACCACUAAAAUUGAUAGAAAAUCGCUAGCCCUUGAUGAAAUACUAAAAAAGAUUAGUUCUCUGGCCACUAAAGAAGACGUUAAGGAAAGUCCUGCUGAUCCUCGCAUAUCCAACGUCACUGUCUCUCGUGACAGAACUCAACAGGAACGCAAACAUCUAACUGAACUUCGAAAUCAGCUUGAGAAGAGAACUAACGAAGAAUCCAAAAAACUAGACACGUGCAGUGGUCAUUCGCGGUUACAAAUCUACUACCAAAACGUCAAUGGAUUAAGAUCAAAGCUUCAUGAGCUUCGGUUGUCUCUGGCCACCUCCACACACGAUGUCCUAAUACUGACCGAAACCAAUCUAAAUUCCCAAAUAUCUACCGAACUUGGCUUCACCAACAAAUACGAUAUUUUCAGAAAAGAUCGUUCACUUGACACUAGCUCCAAAUCCAGCGGAGGUGGUGUGCUGGUUGCAACUACCAAACAGUUAAGGUCAACCACAAUUUACAACUCAUCCAAUUUGGAAGUUAUUUUUGUUAAUACUUCUCUUAGCCCACGAAACAAUGUUCUACUGGUGGCUGUGUAUAUUCCCCCCUCAUCGCCUCUACAAGUCUAUUCUGAUUUUGCAGCCAAUUUUGAAGAAGUCAUGCUCUCUGCUACCUUUUCUCAGGUCCAUGUGUUUGGUGACUUUAACAUCCCUGAUGCUGAUUGGAAUGCCCCAUGCUCCGUCAAUGUGAACACACCAAUGGCCAUAAUCUCAAAUGUCAUUACAAUGUUUGCACUCAUGCAGGUCAACCAAAUGCUUAACCAUAGAGGAGUUCUAUUUGAUCUUAUUCUUACCUCUUCGCUUGAUGUUCACGUUCAACGAGAUCAAUGUCCCCUCCUCAUUGAAGAUGCCCACCAUCCAUCUCUCAAUUGCCUUGUCCCAAUACCAGCACCUGCUGUGCUGACUUACAAUCUUACUCCAAAUCCUGCCAAGUGUAAUCUACGCACACUUCAUGACGAUCUUUGCACGUUCGACUUUGCCUCCCUGGAUGCUAUCCAUGACAUCAAUGAGUCCUUCUGGGUGUUAAUGGGUACAAUCAGUAAGUCUGUUCUCAAGCACUCGCCCUUGAAGAAAUGGGGAUUUUCCAACUUUCCAGCCUGGUUUUCCCGUAAUCUAAAGAACUUAAUAUUUCUGAAGAAAGCUCUCCACAAGGAAUAUAAGUCCACGCGAUGGGAAAUAACAUACCAGCGUUUUGCCGUAAUAAGAGCUCAAUGCAAGGCCCUAGCCAAGGACUGUUUCACGGCGUAUGCAGAUCACAUCCAAGAAGUUCUCCCGCACAAUCCAAAAGUUUUUUGGUCAUAUGUAAAGAAUCUCAAUCGCAGUGGCUCUACUCCCACAACCCUUAGAUUGGACGGAAUAACGUCAACUUCAGACCAAACUGCAGCUGAUCUCUUUGCUGACUUCUUCUCUGCAGCUUUCAACCAUGAUGAUGACGUUGCUGAUGGUCCCCCGUCCACCCCUCCAUCCUUUGCCUUAUUAUCAUCAAUAGUACUCAAUGUUCCUGAAGUACGGCAAGCUCUACUUAGUCUGGACGAUUCAAAGGGAUGUGGACCUGACUUCAUACCUUCAUCGGCCAUUAAGCACAUUUGUAAUCUCCUUGCUUAUCCACUCACCAAGCUCUUUAAUAGAUCAUUAUUCACUGGAGUAUUCCAAUACAUUUGGAAGAUCAAUCCCCAGGAAUACAACGUUACGUAA